AAGAAAUAUAGUCAACAGAGUCAAAUUAUUCAAACACGUGAAUAACGAUAUUCUAGUCUUCGACACAUACUAUCCGACCCUUCGCGAGUCGCAUUACCCAAAUUUCGUACGCGUCUCUUCCUCGCCAGGCUGGCUCUCCAGAGAAUAUCUGCUUCAUAAUUAUUGAAAUUAUCCCCAAAAUUCACUAACCUUAUAACAAAAACAUAAACAUUUUAUCACACUUAAUUAUCAUUAACGAAGGUUUUCUUAAAAUGUCGAAACUACCCUUAAUCCGCCAUUAACACAGACACAAAAUGCCGCUUGUCUUUCUCUCAACACUAUCUUGUCUUCACUCACACACUCACUCACAGACUACACAAAACACACACCUAAAAAUGUCGUCACUGCGUUUGCGUUUAUGUCUGUUUCUACUAUUACCAAUCGCGAUUAGCACCACCGUCACAGACCUCCCCGCGUUUCGAGAAGCUCCUGCGUUUCGAAACGGCCGAGAAUGCAUCAAAACGGUAUGGUCACCGGAAAAUCGCACACACAACCCUUCAAUCAUCCACAUCGCGAUGACUCUCGACGCCAUUUACCUCCGUGGCUCAGUCGCCGGAGUAUUCUCCGUUCUCCAACACGCCUCUUGCCCUGAAAACGUCGUUUUCCACUUCAUCGCCACUCACCGACGCAGCGCCGAUCUCCGCCGCAUAAUCUCCUCAAUUUUCCCAUACCUCACUUUCCAGAUUUACCAUUUUGACCCUAACCUCGUCCGCAGCAAAAUCUCUUCCUCCAUUCGCCGUGCCUUAGACCAGCCUUUAAACUACGCGCGAAUCUACCUCGCCGAUCUCCUCCCAACCGCCGUCCGCCGCGUUAUCUACUUCGAUUCCGAUCUCGUCGUCGUCGACGACGUCGCGAAGCUCUGGGGAAUCGAUCUAGGCCGUCACGUCGUCGGAGCUCCGGAGUAUUGCCACGCCAAUUUCACGAACUACUUCACGGCGAGGUUCUGGUCGUCGAGCCAGGGUUACAAAUCGGCGUUGAGAGGGAGGAAGGCUUGCUACUUCAACACCGGAGUGAUGGUGAUCGAUCUCGGGAGAUGGAGAGAAGGGAGAUUCACGGUGAAGCUAGAGACGUGGAUGAGGAUUCAGAAACGACACCGUAUCUACGAGCUGGGAUCUUUGCCGCCGUUUCUGCUGGUUUUCGCCGGUGAUGUUGAGCCGGUGGAGCAUAGGUGGAAUCAGCAUGGUCUCGGCGGAGAUAACCUCGAGGGGCUUUGCCGGAAUCUGCAUCCAGGUCCGGUGAGUCUUUUGCAUUGGAGUGGGAAAGGGAAGCCAUGGCUAAGGCUUGACUCGAGAAGGCCGUGUCCGUUGGAUUCGCUUUGGGCUCCUUACGAUCUGUUUCGUUACUCACCGUUGAUCUCUGACAGCUGAUUUUAUUAGCAAUCCGACGGUGGAGGAAGACAACCGCGUUUUGCUCUGACGUGGAAUAAAAGCUAAAAUACAGCUCGGUUAAAGCUGUGAAGGGCUUUUUACCAAUUGAUUAAUUUUUGACGGCCGUAAAAACAUUCACGGGUGAAGCCACGUGGCAUGUGAUCUAAGAGGUGAUGGGGUUUUGAUCCGACGGUGUCUAGCCUAUCACAUGAAAGAAAACUGUCUGCUGUGGAGUCAACGGAAAGAGUUAUUAAUUAGAUUAUGCAACUAUUUGAUGUGUAAUGUAAAAACGGUCCAGAUCAAUUGUAGUGUAAAAUGUGUUAUGUAACUCAUUGAGUCAUUGUUACGAUAAGCUGUAUCUUUUUCUUCGUUUUAAUUUGGUUCAAAAAUUAUUUAAUACAA